AUGCCUUCUCAAUCAGCAUUGUUCACUGAAGUCUGGACGGAAUAUGGAAUUUCCAUGGCCUGUAUCCUUCUGCGCUUCUUUGCAAGAUGGAGAGUCUUUGGAUUCAAGGCCUUCGACCUUGGAGAUGCUUUUGCCGCCCUGGCUAUGAUAUUCUACUCCAUUGAGACUGCUGGCAUAUACCUGCUGACCAGUUUUGGAAACAACAUCGGCUUGAAUGCGCAGACUGCAAUGGAGGUCCCUGAUACGAAAGUCCCGGACUUCACCUUGGGAUCGAACCUGGCCUUUCUAAACUGGUUCUGGUAUAUCAAUUUGAUCUGGAGUCUCAAAGGCAUUUUGCUUGUGGUAUACGUCAAGCUCGGGGCUGGAGUAGCACGGCAAGAACUUCUGGUCAAGGGAGUUUGCGUCUUUAACUUCUGUACCUGGCUUGCGUGUAUCUUGACGCAUACGUUAAUCUGCACACCACCUCAUAAGAGCUGGCAAAUCAAGCCAUAUCCGGGCGACAAUUGCACCGUGCGGAAGCCGAACUACUAUGUGAUUGCUAUACUCAAUAGUCUCACAGACCUGGCCAUCAUCGUGGUUCCCAUGCCUUUGCUAUUCAAGGUGAAGGCGAAGCUAUCAAAGAAGCUCAUCUUGAUCGCGCUCUUCUCACUCGGAUUCUUCGCCAUCAUCGCAACAAUCCUGCGAGCGCACUACUCUCUACACUCACCAGAUACCCUACCUAUUGCCCUCGGAUGGGCAAGCUGA